ACCUUGUUUGUUUCCAUCAGUGUCACAAAAUUAGGGUUUUAGAAUCCCUCCCAUCUCGCUCUCUCACGGACAUGGAGUCCAUUGCCAAACUGAACUACUCCCACCAACCCCUUCAACUCUCACUCAAUCACCACCGUUCGUCAUUCCCAAGACCCUUUUCUCCUCUCUCUUUCAGGAACCCACCUGCGGCAACGCCUCCAUCAUCACAAUCAUGGCCGUCCAUUUCAUUGGUCAUCAAAGCUUCAUCCUCCACCCCCAAAAAUCCUAAAUCCCAACUCUCUAAAACCCUGAACCCCCUCGUCAAAACCACUUGCGUCACCCUCGCCGCCGCCGCGGCGUUGUUCUUCACGCGGUUCCACCUCAAACCCGCCAUCGCCGCCCCGACUGCUUCGCCCAUUGUGGAGCCAGCUAAGGAGUCGCUGGAUACCGCUUCUUCGGCUAAAGAAAAUGAGAGAAUCAUCGAAGAGCAAUUGAGCCACGACCAGAACGACACCGAAGCUCUACGUUCCCUGAUGGAGGCUAGAAUCAAGGCUCGCAAUUUCAAAGAAGCAAUCCAAGUCCUGGACCGCCUGAUCGAGCUCGAACCCGAAGAGUCCGAAUGGCCGUUGUUGAAAGCCAACCUCCAUAGCUACAAUGGGGAGCUGGAAUUGGCGAGAAAUGUGUUCGAGGAGAUUCUAGAGAAAGACCCAUUGCGGGUCGAGGCCUAUCACGGCCUCUUGAUGGUAUCGUCUGAAAAAUCGGAUGAAGAGUCUAUGAAGAAUGUCGCAAAGAGAGUUGAGGAGGCAAUUGAGAAAUGCAAUAAGCUGGGAAGGAAGUCAGAAGUAAGGGAUUUCAAUCUCUUGGUCGGGCAGAUUAAGGUUAUGGAGGGCGAUUAUCUUGCGGCUUUGAAGGUUUAUCAGCAGCUUGUGAAGGAGGAGCCGAGGGACUUUAGGCCGUAUUUAUGUCAGGGAAUUUUGAAUACUAUGCUGGGUAAGAAAGAUGAGGCGGAGAAACAUUUUGAGAAAUUUCGGAGGCUCGUGCCAAAAAAUCAUCCUUAUAAGGAAUAUUUUGAUGAGAACAUGUUCGCGACGAAGAGUUUUCUUCAGAAAGUUGAAAAGGAGAGAGCGGGUUCGAAUCGCUAAGGAAAACGGCUAAUUGCCAAUUGGAUUCGAUCCUUAUAUGAUGAUUGGCCGGUUCUACAGUUUAGUUGGCAUUUGGUCAUGAUUCACUUUCUGAUUGUGGCCCUUAAAAUAAAAGAACUGUCUCACAUUUGCGUAGCAGUAUGUGACUCAUGUCGAGUGGAACAUGUAUACAGAGAAAGCAUGCUAAUGCCGUCAUUCUGCUCCGUUCUGCUCGAUAACACGUAACAGGGGUGUUAUUGAAAUUUUAUACUAUCUCUGUACGGCUAGGGUUAGUAUAAAUACAUAUGAUGUAACCCUACUUUGACAGUUAGUGAAAAUUCAGUCAUCGCUCAUGUGGAUGUAGGUAUAUUGUCGAAACACGUUAAAUCUAUAUGUAUUUUUUUUCUCUCUUUUUACGUACUGUUCAUCGUAACUGCCGCACGCAGCAUAACAAUUGGUAUCAAGAGCUCAGGUUACAAUGUUUGAGAUUUCUUCUGCGAAGUUUGACAAGGUCAAGUUUGACGGAUCUGAAAAUUUUGAAUUAUGGCAGAGGAAGGUCAAGGAUUUGUUAGUGCGUGCAGCAGGGCAUGGUGAAAGCGUUGUACGGAAAGCAGCAUGGACGACAUAGAUUGGAAGGAACUGGAAGUGAAGGAUGUGGCAACUAUCAGGCUUUGUCUAGCUGAUGACGUGAUGUAUCACGUCAUGGAUGAGGAAUCACUGGCGGCAGUUUGGUUGAAACUGGAAAGUCGGUAUAUGUCUAAGUCGUUGACGAACAAGCUUUAUCUUAAGCAAAAACUGUAUGGUCUUAAGUUGUCAAAGGGCUCAGAUCUGAACCUACAUAUCAACGUGUUCAACUAGAUCAUCAGUGAUUUGAAGCGAGUUGAUGUGAAGUUAAAAGACAAAGACAAGGCGUUGAUGUUACUGAAUUCCUUACCUGCUUCUCCUACGUACGAAAAUUUGGUUACAACUCUGAUGUGGGG